AAGCUUUUAAUCGUCGAAAGCGCUGUGCUUUGGGGGCAGUCGUUUCCCUGCGCCAGCGGUGGAUAAUUUAGCAAGAAGAGAGCGAGAUGUCUCUGGUAGACUACGCAUCCUCUUCAGACGACGACGUUUCAGACUCCGAACGUGAACCACCACAACAACGCCAUGAGCCACCGCCACCUCCACUCCCGCGAGCCCCUUCCCCCCCUAAAACUCAGGCAUCAGGGUCGUCGGCGGAUCAAAAGCCCGAAACUUUUGAGAGUCUUCCAGAUGCUUCGAUGCUCUUGAACUCUCCGACGGUUUCAUUGGUGAGCGGCAACGACCAUGCAUCUGUGGUAGCGGCGGCGAUGGCGGAAAGUGCGUCGCGUAAGAGAGACUCGAAGGGGAUGAUGGGGUUGGGUUCCGGUGGUGGUGCAGCAGCGGCACCAAGGGCUAAACUUCCUAGAGCUACCUUACCUCAUUCCAAGAGCGUUCCUGAUACGGAAGGUGGCCUCCUUGUUCCCCCUCAGCUCAAAGGAAGGAGUAAUGUGGUCACAGAAGAUAUCAGCAAGCUAUUCGUCAGCAGACAGGCUGUUGCACAGCCUAGAGGACCUGAAAAUCAGUCGUAGUUCAUUUCCUCUUGAAAUUGUUGCUUUGUACAAGCCCAAAACAGAUCAACAACUUGAGGAUUUUGAUUCUCUAGAAAUGUAAAGAAUAAUUUUGCACAUGCUUGGAUACUCUAGUUUGGCUGAAGGCAUGCAGACGCAGUGGGUUCAUGUAUUCCUCUUGCAGAAUUCAUUGAUGAAAGUGGCUAAUUAUUCAAAUUAACUUUAGCUUUUAUGAUAAGAGUUUUUAGGACAAAUUGACAACUUAUGGAAAUGACAGUUUGAGUGCAUUGCCUCUCCCACUUGAUUUCAGGUGCGUGUAUGAUUUCUUAUCAAUGCAUCGUUUUGAUGACA